UAUUUAUUUUUAAUAGAUGGACUCGUUUUCAUUGGAAUCAAGAAGCAACUCAAGAACUUUCAGUUUCACAUAAUUGGGGUAUAAAAGAUAUUUACAUUGGUCCAGCCUGUAAAUAUAAUUGUUUUGGACAUGGUUCCUGUUAUAAAUUCCAAUGUAAAUGUGAUAAAGGAUAUUCUGGAGAGUAUUGUAGAAAUGUAACAGCAAAUAUAAAAUAUUUUAAAGACACAUUCAAUUAUCCAAAAAUUGACACCACCUAUUGGUCCCAAAUAUUUGGUGGUAAAAUAGAUUAUCCUUGUCAAUCUUUGAUAGAAGGUAUGUCUAUUACAUUUAGUGGAUGGGGAUUGAGGAUAUUAGAAACAACAGAUAUGGAUUUAAGAGAUGCAAAAUUCAUUCAAUAUAUUGCUCAUCUUGGUGGAAGUGGAGAUGGAAUUGCAUGCAUUGAUGCUUUAUAUAGAAAUCAAAGUAUUUUAUUGCAGUUUUCUAUAGAUGGAGGUAUGAAAAAAUUAUUUAAUUUAGUUAAUUAAACUAUAUUGAAGAUAUUU